CUUGGUGUAAAAAAAGAAAAAGAAAUGCUAAACAAAUUAAGCUGCUUUCAGUAAUCAAAGCUAAAAGCAACUUUCUUUUCUUUGAAGCAGCAGCAGUAGCCUUUGUUCAGAUCAGAUAAGCAAAUCAAAUCCCAAAAAUCGUGAAAUCCAGCGGCAAAGAUUACAGCGAUGGAUGCUUUGAGGAAGCAAGCUAGUAAGCUCAGAGAACAAGUCGCUAAACAGCAACAGGCAGUCAUCAAGCAGUUUAGUGCAACUGGUUAUGAAAGUUCAGAUGUUAUGGUCAUUGAUGAAAUGGAGAUGCAAUUGCAUCAUCAACUGGACAAGUUGUAUAAGUCUACCCGGGAGAAAAGGGAUUUUCAGAAAGAGAUUGUUAAGGCAGCUGAAACAUUUACAGCUAUAGGAUACAAGCAUAUAGAAGCAGGAACUAAAUUAUCAGAAGAUUGCUGCAAAUAUGGAGUCGAAAAUCCCAAUGACGAGGUGUUAGCUAAGGCUGCUUCUAUUUACGGUGAUGCUCGUAAACAUGCAGAGAAGGAGGUUGAAGAUCUAAAUAAACUAUUCUUCAGUCAGGUACUGGAACCAUUGAGAGCUAUGGUAGCUGGUUCUCCCUUAGAGGAUGCUCGUCAUCUAGCUCAGCGCUACAGUAAAAUGCGGCAAGAGGCGGAGAUACAGGCAACCGAAGUUUCUAGAAGACAAGCUCGGGUGAGGGAAGCUCCCAUCCCGGAGAAUGUGGCAAAGCUGCACGCAGCAGAAACUAAAAUGCAGGAACUCAAAGCCAACAUGACAGUACUCGGUAAAGAAGCAGCAGCAGCAUUAGCUGCUGUAGAAUCACAGCAGGAGAGGCUUACAUUUCAGAGGCUUGUUGCAAUGGUUGAAGCAGAAAAGCUUUAUCAUGAGAGAGUUGCUGUUAUUCUGGGUAAUAUUGAAGCUGAGAUAGUUUCUGAAAAGCAGCGAAAAGAGGCUGCUCCUCCUGUAGCCACACUUCCUGUAAACCCUCCGUCCCACGUACCUGAGAAAACAAAAUACUUUUUGGCCGAGGCUAUUCAUUCUUUUGAAGCUGAAUCAGAAAAGGAGCUAAGCUUGUCUGUCGGUGAUUAUGUUGUUGUUCGUAAGGUGACUCAAUCAGGUUGGUCAGAAGGAGAAUGCCAAGGCAGGGCAGGUUGGUUUCCAUCUGAGUACGUGGAGAAACGACAAAGAGUACCUACUUCUAAUGGAGCAACGGAAGUUUACUGAAAAGAUGGUGAUUUUUUGUUGCUGGUAUUUGUGGAACAGUUGCCAGUUCAUCCAUUUGUUCAUGCAAGAGCAUAGAGUUGAGUGUGUAACAUAUUCAUUUUAGUUCUUCAGGGUUAUUCUGGACAGUAAAUGCUUUUGGUCUUUUCCCUUUCCCUUUUGUUUUUACCCCAGCAGACUUGUCAUCACUGAUGGAUUAUAGCUGAAAUGCACUUAGUUAAGUACCCUCUUCCUCUACCUGCGAACGAAAAAUGUUAUCUUUGAAGAAGAUGGUUGUGAAAAUUGUUGUUGUAGUUUGUGAAUUAUGAAGGAAACACUGUCCUUUUGUUAUUGAGGUCAACAUGACACUAACAAAAAUGGACAAAGGUUCCAUACAUAUGCAUUGCUCUGGAGACUAGCAACAAAUGCUCUCUAUGAUGAAGUAGUAUAUUAGCAAUGAACUGCUUGUCCAAGUGUUUUAUAACAAAAAGAUGAGUACAUGUGGAAGUAACACACCCUCUUAAUACAUUCCAGAGGCGGAGCUAAGUGGGGUCAAGGAGGGUUUCGGAUUUCUUUAAGUGGAAAAUUAUACUAUUUCUACACUGUC